AUGGUGCAGCAAGCGGUGGGCAGCAUGAGCGGGGGCGAAAAGGCCAGGCUGGUAUUGUGUUUACUCGUGUGGCAGCGCCCCAAUUUGCUGCUGUUGGAUGAGCCUACCAACCAUCUGGAUUUGGACGCAUUGGUGUGGCUAGAGAGCUGGCUGCAAAAGCAUCCCGCCACACUGCUGGUGAUUAGCCACGAUAGGGAUUUUUUGGACGCCACGACCCAAGUAACCCUACAUUUGGAUGGGCAAAAACUGCAACGCUACGGCAGCAAUUAUUCUGGUUUUGAGCUGCUGCAAGCCCAAGCCCAGCAACUCCAAGCCCAGGCAUACAGCAAACAGCAAGACCGCAUAGCCCAUUUGCAAAAAUUCAUCGACCGCUUCAAAGCCAAAGCCAGCAAAGCCAAGCAGGCGCAAAGCCGCGUCAAAGCGCUAGAGCGCAUGCAGCGUGUGGCGGCAGUGCAAAAU